AUGCUCGGUGAAGCACGCGUCUAUUCAAGACCUUCCAACUUCACCAUUCCAUGGAUCUCCUUCGGACGUUCUCGAAUUGAAAGUGGUUUUGACUAUGGUUUUGCACAGGCCGAAGUGACUGACAAGACCUGCUAUUACUUGGUCUAUCGCGCACUUGUUGAGGCUAUGGAUCGUCCUGCAUCACGAUGUUUCGUGGAGAUGGAUGCGAAAUCUGUGCGACUGGUGGAAAAACGAUGGCCACACGAAGAAGUGCACAUCUUCACCAAAGAUAUAGUGAGUUACUACAUGUUUGAUCAUGGAUCCAAAUUUGUCGCAUUGUGUAUCGAUGCAAAUCGGAAGGAGAAGAGUGGCUACUGGUUCAUCAAUUUCGACACAGAAAAACAGCUAACAACCUUCUGUGAUUGUUUACAUCGACUAUUUGCCAUGACGACGGACUGGAAUGUGAAUACGAGGCGCAGUAUCACCAGGGUUUGCAAGAGCUAUCGAAACGCCAGUACCCCAGAGACAAUUUCGAUGAUAAAGUGCUGGCGCUGUGGGUCAAAGAUGAUUCUACCGAAUUGGGAACCGUCAACAGAAACCAGAGAUAGUGGAUUUGUUGAGAGUCAAUACACUGGAAGCAGCCAUGGAAAGAUAACACCGACGAAUCAAUUGUGUAGGUACUAUCCCUCAAAACGGACAUUCAGAUGUGCCUAA